CUGUCCUAUAAUUCUCCCCACUGCCACAAAGAUGAACCUGGAAAGGACGUGUGUUCUGUGGUCGGUUCUGUGCUUCUUGUGGGUCUCAGCGAGCAUAAAAGCUCUGGCUGAGAACACGCCACCCAAGAGCUUCUGGGCUCUUUUCUUGCUGGCAUCGUCGAAGAGGUCCCUUCUGGGACUACCUGUCGCAGGCUUCUUCUUCGCCCUCCUCGACAUCCCUUCCCUCGCCGCUCUGGACGCGCCCUCCCCCACCCACUCUCUCAGCUGGUCAUCGUAUGACGAGCCGCCGGCUUUUGGCCCGUUCCGCUAUGUCUAUCCCCGACCAGGCCACACGGAUCUCCCCGGCUACAUCACCAUCGGCGUGCGUGGAGGUGGCGGGGAGGUCGACCCUUCAUCAGUCGGCGGCAAGUUCGUGGUGACGGGAGCGAGGUCGGGCAACAGGGGCGGGGUGGUGAGGGUGGCCAAGGACGACAGGACGGUGCUCUUCCUGCCGCACCAGGCCUUCCAUGACAGCGAGAUGGUCACUGUGGAUGUCUUGCCGGGUAUUUGGGUGAGGAACGAGACCACCGGAGGGCUCGAUGAGCUGGGAGGCUACAGCUGGUCAUUCAGGACGGGAAUGCGGCCGGGCGACACGCUGCUGCGGAGCGACGAGGUCCUCUUCACACAGAGCAACGACGCCUCCCUGUCUGAAAGCAUAUCCAUUCUGAAUCAAGACGAGCCCACCGCCACAUUCUUCGACGUGCCAAGGCUUCCUGAAGCCACUGCACAAGGCGCACCGGUUGCCCACUCGACAGCCUUUGAGGCCGGCUGGGGCAGCAUCGUCCCUGACAGGCCAACAGCCACCGCCGGUAGCACACUCCAGAAACUGCAGGCCGACACCCUGCAGAUCUAUGACGACGACACGACCGACGGCCCACCGCUGAUGGAUGGCGAUGACAUUCUGGACGAAUACGUGGAGACCUGGAUGGCAAAUGACGACAGCAUAGAGGGCGCCACCGGCCUGAGGGCAAGCGUGGCAGCCCAGUGGUGGGGUGAGGUGGAGGGGGGCCUACCGCAGGAGCUGGGAGACGCGAGGACGUGGGUGAGGACCGACAUGUACAAGACGCUGCCUGAGGACUUCCCGCCCAUCGCCAGGACGGUGGUGGGGAACUUGAGCAAUGCCGCCGGGGGGUACAUAUUUGUGGCCACCAUCGGGCAUCCUGACAGACAGUUCAACAACUUCCUGCUCAUACUGGGUGAGGGAGAGAUGAGAGGGCGGGAUUGCGUGUGUGCAGCAUGGGCUGCGGCGUGUUGUCUUGUCUUGUAUGUCAGAGACGAGCGGCGAGCCGGUGUGGUGGCAGCGUCUGGAUGAGAGGAACGAGAACUGGAGGGGCUGGUCUGUCAGGGACUUCAAGAAACACCCGACAGGGGUGCUGUCAUGGCACGACAGCCACAAACAAGUGGGUGGGCAAUCAUGCACAGCACCCAGACACACGUGCAUCCACCCACACACACAUGCGUAUGCCCAGGGGUGGCAUAUUGUCAACGACUCGUACGAGGAGGUGGGCUUCAUCGAACCCAAGCACACCUACCGCUCCAACGGCCACUGCUUCGUCAUCGGCGACAACGGCCACGCCCUCCUACUUGCAAACCGAUUCCGCUCGGGGCUCGACCUCUCAGCCGUCCUCGAUGGCGGCUCGCACAAGGCACAAGUGCUGGACUUCGCCAUCCAGGGUGAGCAAAACCGGCGGCAUGGAUGGCCUCUGUGGGAACACUGGAUGACCUCCGUGUGUGUGUCAGAGUUGGAUGAGGACGGUGCCGUGUUGUUUGAGUGGACGAGCUGGAACGACCUGCCCAUCGGCCGGCAGUAUCUGGAGUCGCGGCAAGACCCCAAGGAACUCUUCAGCAACAACGUCGACCACCUGCACCCUAACAGCGGUCAGCACAGAGGGACACGCAGGCACGGAAAGCCCCCUUGACAUACACCGUGCGUGAAUGUGUUGCCUUCAGUGGAUUGGACCCCCGACAACCACAUCCUUGUGUCACUUCGCCACUUGGACCAGGUCAUCAAGAUCGACAGAGACACCGGUGGGUCCGCAGGUAGAAAGGCAGAACGCCAUUUGGACACACUCGUGCGCGCGUUCAGGCGAGAUAUUGUGGCGUCUCGGCGGGGCGUCGAGCGACUUUUCGUUUGUCAACGACACAGAUCGGGGAUUCACCUACCAACACGACGCCAAGAUGACACAAAUCGACCCACGUAAGCACCACGGCACGACCGUAUUUGUGUCUGUGAGCGUCAUGAUGUGGUUCAUGUCAGCCAUCGUGACGCUCUAUGACAACGGCAACCGCAAGUCGCCGGAGCGGAGCCGCGCGGUGGCCUACCAGCUCGACGAACACAGCAGGACUGCCACACUCAUUUGGGAGCACAGACACCAGCCCGAGGACGUCUACGGCCUCGCAAUGGGCAGCCACCAGACGCUGUCGAACGGCAACACGGUGGUGGGCUGGGCGGGCGUGGAGCCUCAGCGCAACCCCUUCUACACCGAGCUGGACGGUGCCAGCGGCACCACAGUCGUCGAGCUCCAGUUCCUCCAGCCCUGGACCUCUUAUCGGGCCUUCAAGGGCGAGUGGGCGGGGCGGCCGAGGACGGCCCCCACCCUGCUGCUGGAUGUGUCUGGUGGCGACAACGUGAAGCUGAGGUACUCGUGGAACGGGGCGACACAGGUGAGGCGGUGGAAGGUCUAUGCUGGCACUGACCCAGAGGCUCCCGACCAGGUGAGAAAAACACGCAUUGCCGGCCAAUUGGUGAUGCGUCUCUCUCUCUCUCUCUCUCUGUGGGGCUCGUGUGUGUGUAGUUGAUAUGGGAGGUGGCCAAGUGGCGGUAUGAACAGUGGAUCGACUUCAACAAGGCCCGAGAUAUAUUCGAGCAGUGGACGCCCAUCGACCAGUGUAUACACUACCAAGUCGUCCCCGUAGACAAUGAGGGUCAGCCACCCACCCAGCCAGCAGACAGCCCCAACCGAGACACACACACACACAAAAUGUGUGUGUGUGUUCAGGCAAUCCGAUGACCCCCUCUGCGAUCGUGUCAUCGCCCUGGUGUGAGUCGCAGGGCGCCCUGUGUGCACUCGACGACCAAACCAGGCGGGACUGUGCCGCAGACCACCCAUUCAUCAAAGCACAGGAAUGCCACAACCGCGGCUGCUGCUACCGCCCCUCCGACACAAUGACGUCCCCCGACUCCCCACCAUGGUGCUUCCACCCAAGGGCCGCAACCGACCAGCCCCAAGCAGAGGGAUACUCACUCACAUGCACCACAGACAAGUCCAUCGCCGCCCCCUGUGGCGUGCCGGGGGACUGGGAGGCGGUGUGCAGGUCGCGGGGCUGCUGCUGGAGUGAGCAGGGCGGGGCGCCUGUGUGCUACCACGCGCAGUGGACGUGUGACGGUGAUGUGGCGGAGAACCGGCGUGAGUGCGGUUAUGCUGGUCUGGGUGAGGAUGGGUGUCACAGUAGGGGGUGCUGCUAUGGGGAGACGGACAGGCAGGGCGUGCCGUGGUGCUACCAGCCCAGAUGAGUGGAUGGAUGGAUGGAUGGAGGGUCGUUUGUGUGGCGUGUUUGUUUGUUUGUUGUGCAUAUGGAGGCAGGUCGUGUGUAUGUCUGUGCUGUCGAUGUAUCUAUAGGUGGUAUAUAAACAUGAGCAGCAGCAGGUUGCCGCACUGUUGUGUGUGUUAGGUAUUUGUCUGCUUGUAGGAACGAAGGCCGAUAGUGUCCAAUGGCAACCCACACACACUCUCUGUGUGUGUGUGUGUGUGAUACAUAUGUUGGGGUAUAUAAACCGUGUCGCGUGAUAUCACUGUCGUGUGUGUGUGUGUGUGUGUGUUCGUUUCAUGUAAGCUCACUCACAGUGACAAGACAAUUUAGGUUUGGUGGCUGGCUGGCUGGAGUGUGUGGGUGCAUCGAUGGACGGAUGGAUCAAGGGUGCAACCAACGUUCAAUGAC